AUGAAGAGUAUACCCGAUGAGUCGGCAAACGGCUCGCGGGAGGAAAAUAUAAUAUUAUUUGGUGAUUUCAGCAUAGAGGAAACCAAGGCGUGGCUGGUAGAAGCUGAGGAGCUCUCUAUCGUCCUACCCGCUCGAGGCACAGGGCAUUCUCAUCCCACUUCGGCGGAACGUUUGCGCCAAGCUCAGCCAUGGCCUACCUCUGGUGACUCCUGUGGAUCGGAUCAGGGUGCCGGCACACACUUGCAGCUGCAGCUACAACAACAACUGCAAGCGCAUGCGCAGAAAGAGGGCGAACUCGUAGCCGCACAAGUUCUCCAUAAUGCAGACGAGCCAGUGCCGUCUGAAAGCCAAGAGGUACCCUCAGUUGGGCAUUCUCAAGAGCUGAAAGACCAACAGGCGGACAAUCGCCCGCUCGUGGCACAAGGAGAUAUACAACAACAACAACAGACCACUCUACAGCAGCAGCAGCAAUUGCAACCACCGGUCGCACUGCAGCCGCAACCGGCACAGAUAAUCCAGCAACAUUUACCACAGAAGCUGCCCAGGCAAGCGGGCGAUGUGAACCAGAAAAUGUAUAAAUAUAACCCAUUGGCACCCUCCUUCACACCGUCCCAUGGACCUUCGAGUCCUAUAUCAGACAACAGUAGCGUCUCCAGUUUGAAUAGAAGUGCGGAGUCACUACAAGGCCACACGCCGCAGAACAUACAACUGCAGCAACAACAACAACAGCAGCAGCAGCAGCAGCAGCAGCAGCGACAUCAGCAGCAUCCGCAACACUCGCACCAUGGUCAUGCACACGCACACCCUGGCUACAACGGAAUGCAUAUGCAGAAUGGCGUGGGCGUGGACGGUCCUGGGAUGCUGAAUUCUGGUGUCGUACCGAACAUGGCCAUGUUUAUGCCGAUGCCUAUGCAAGGGCUGGGCAUGGGGGAUGACGGGUUCCGCUUUAGUAAUCACUAUAAUAACGGCGGACACCCACAUGUGCAUGCCCAAGCACGCGCGCAUGCUCAGGCGCAGGCGCAAGCACGGGCACACGCUCAAGCUCAAGCUCAUGUGCAUGGCCGAACGAUGAUGUCACCGCAACACCAGCAUCGCCAACAAAUGCAACAACAACAGCAACAACAACAACAGAUUCAUAUACAGCAGCAGCAGCACCUACAGCAGCACCAACAGCACCCGCACCAGCAACACCGACACCCGCACCAACAACAACACCCACACCAACACCAGCAACAACAACACCAACAGCAUCAGCAAAUACGGCAAAUACAGCAGAUGGACGAACAACACGCCCAACACCACCCACACCAUCAUCAAGCACAGUUGAUCGGUACGAGUGCGCCGAUAGAUUCGACGGAUAAUUUAGAAAAGCAGCUGCACACUCAAGGCGCCGCUAUGGAUGAGGGGGUGUCGCCAGUGCCUGAUGGCAGCGGGGAUGUGCUCAUUGAUAUCCCAGAGCUUCCGGUCUUUACAGAGCCGACGCCUGCGUUAACCACUCACACACACGCGGCAACACCGAUACAUCAGGAACCCAAACCAUUAGAAGUUGUGCCAACAGAGGUGGCAGUCGCACCGGUCGACAGCAGCACAUCGCCACAAAGAGAAGAGGAUGCAAAGGCGAAAGCGAAGACAAAAUCAAAGUCGAAGGCCAAAACGAGCCGAAAAUUGGAGGAACAUGUAAAUAUAAUUAUACCAUCACAGGCAGAUGGGGGCGGGAGUGUAGUUCCUACUUCAGAGAAGCCCACAGCACACGGAGAUACUCUGGAGAAAGAGGUGGGUGGUAGUAUCCAGGCGUCGGCUGUGGCGAAGAAUUUAGGUGGUCAACAUGAUGAGGAAGUGUUGUCAACGGUACCGCAAUCAGGUACAUACACACACCCCGAUGCACCAGGACUGACCCAGUCACACACACACACACACACACACACACAGACGCAAAUACCGCAGGCACCAAUUGAACCGCAGCAGCCGCAAGCGCAGGUGAAUAGUGUGCAUGUCGAGGAGCAGGCGCCAGCACAGACACAAAUAGAUACGAGCUCACACACCGCGGCACAAAUACCAACAGAUGCUCAGGUGCAGAAAUCGAAGCAACUUCAAGCACAGAUACAAAAACCAACGCUUGUGUGCCAAACAUCCGUACAGGCUGCGGCGGCGCCUACUGAGACGGAAAGCAAACCGCCAGCUGUGGUCAAGAACGCCUGGGGUAUACCCGCACAGCCCAGAGCACAACCGCGCACACAGUUACCCACACAAGCACACACCGCCCCACUUACACAGAGACAGGGUCACACACCCACACAAGGACACAAGACUCCUUCAAGCGAUACACACAAGCCGGCUUCGCGCAAAGCAGCCAGCGCACAGGCACACAAAGUGGCCAAUGGUCACGCGCCAGGUGCGCCCAGGACACAAUCGAAAACUCCGACACAGCCGAAGUCGCAGUGGCAAACACCGUCACAGACACCGGCACGAACUAACACACAAAGCCACAAAGAGGGCCGCAGAAAAGGCGCCGUGAACACAGCACCACCCGCCAGCACCCAACCACAGUCACAGCCACAGUCAAAGAGCGCCCCACACAGUGCGGCGCCAGCGGCUGCGGCGCCGAAAGCACAGCCCGUCCCCGUGAGGGUCGGGCCUCCAGUUAAUGUGUGGAAGAUGAAUCCACGCGCACUCACACCCACUGUGCCCACUGCGGCUGCUCCAGCCGCGGCCAAGGAUGCGCAGUCGAUCAGAGCCAAGGAUAAGACACAGCCAACAGCCAUAGCCCAGGCGCAACCGCAACCGCAACCGCUUGCACAGGGACAGGCCUCAGCCACGGCAGCGGAAGCAGCGGUCGCGCCAGUAGGCUCAGUCACAGCAGACUCUACCACAGCACAACACCGCACGCUGGAGGAGGAACGGAUACCUAAGCCCGCGGAGCCUCAGGCAGCGGAGAACACAGCGACAGCGGACCAGCCAACAACCGAACAAAGUGCCCCGUCCACACCAGCUAAGGCGCGAGCACCGCCAUCGUCGUGGUCUAAACUGUUCGCAAAGCCACCGACUGCCGAUGGCGGCAGCCAAGGCACUCCUGCGCCACAUAGCACUUGUAUGUCCGUGUUUGAAGUUGCCGCCGGCGCCAACAGCAGUGAAAGCCUCGCAGAGGAUGUCGACACCCCUCUCCCCACAGACAUCAAGCGAGACAAAGCUCGCACACACACCACGUGUACGUCCCUCAGCGAUGUGCUUGUGCACUACGACAUCGCGACAGUCAUCCCGUGGUCCAGUCUGCAGUAUACGUCACGGGGUCUGAUCAACCACACGAACAUGUGCUUCAUGCACACUAUACUGCAGACCCUACUCGCCACCCCCUUGUUUAGACAGUUCCUAGUAGAGACCCAGAUGACUUUCCCUAGCCUGUCGGCGGCCAAGCCCAAGGCGGCGGUCCCCACCCCGAUUCUAGAUGCGCUCACACAUUUCUUUAAGGCGUUCGAUGUGUCCAAUCCAUCCAAGCGGAAGUUCUCCACCGAGACACAGGCCAAUGGCGGCAGACACAACUUUAUUGGAGAGUCGUUUCAACCACUCAAACUGUACGAAGUGAUCCAGCGAGUGCGAAGGCAAGCUCUAGGCAGCCAAGAAGACGCCGAAGAGUUCCUUUCGUUCGUGCUGGACACUCUUCACGAGGAAUGCCUCGCAGUGGUCAAGGCAAACAAUAUCGAUGCAUCCGCUGGCGCUAAAAACGGUGCGGAUUCGAUGGAUGGCUGGGAAGAGGUCGGCAAGGGUAACAAAAAGGUCGUCACCCAUCAGAGCGAAUUUCUCUCGUCGCCGGUGACUAAAAUAUUUGGCGGCACAGUCCGAUCGAGUUUAAAACGUGCCGGAUCGAAAGCGUCUGUGACAUUCCAACCGUUCCACAGUCUGCAGCUCGAGAUUGCGACGAACGAUGUACACAAUCUCAACGAUGCGCUGCGUCAUUUGACUCUGCUUGAACAUCUCGAUGGCUUCACCUGCGAGACGACAAAUCUAACGAUAUCCGCCGAUAAGCAGUCUCGAAUAGAAACCUUGCCCCCUGUACUGGUGCUGCAUCUCAAGCGAUUCGUGUACGAUCCGGAGACUGGAAUCAGGAAACUACACAAAUUCGUGCCGUACCCCUUGCACCUCGAAAUAUCCGAAGAUCUACUCGGCACGGCUCCCAAAUCCGGAAAAUUGAAAGGAAUAGAGCGAGAAUACAGGCUGUUCUCAGUGGUUUAUCAUCACGGCGAGGCGGCCGAGGGCGGGCACUACACAUGCGACGUGCGGAAACCAGGAACCAAACUCUGGAACCGAUGCGACGAUAGCAAGAUCGAGCCAAUCUCACCCGACGAGGCCACAGGAGGUAUCGAGUACCUCUCAACAGACCAACACGACUCACUGGGGACACCCCAGGCGUCCAAUCGACCGCGUUCUCCUUUACCCUCGGGGAAGAAUCGCGGAGAUGCAUAUAUUUUGUUCUAUGAGAGAUGCGAUUUGGAGACGGCCAUGUGUCCGGAGCCGGCAACGGCGGCUGAGGCACUAAAGGCUGUUAAUAGCACGGGGAGUAGUAAAGCUACUAAUAGCUCGAGUGUGUGUAGUAGUCCAGCCGGUGCAAAGGCGAAUAGGAGUGCGAGCUCAGGCAUGGAUACCACCCAGAGUGUGAUUUCACACGCGGGCGUGAGUGUUACGGUCAAUGCCGGUUCAAACUCUGGCUCGGCUAAGCAUGCAUCGCAACACAGUGGACCGAAGAAAUAAGAAAUUAAGGUAACAGAAGAAUUAAGGAAAUAAAAUAAACUUUUAAUUUGUAAACUGA